GUCAAACCCUCAGUUAUCAAGUGUCUGCAAUCGAAGCAACUUGUUACUUCAAGAAAUUUGAAAUUUUUAUUUUUGGGAAACGGAAAAAGUUACUUUCAACUCGGUGUUAAUACUCGAAUGGGGCGAAAUGUAUUGGAAUCAAGCAUAAAGAAAGCAAGCUUCAGCUGCCUAUCGAAGAUCUUCUGUCGAUUUAUUUCGUUCACGAUCAACGCCUUCAUUGUGCGUUUCGUGGGUCGCGAUGUCUUGGGAAUCAUGAAUGUGCGGCUGUUGCUCAUCGAGAGUACUUUGCUAUUUCUCUCGAAGGAAGCAAUUAGCCGUGCCGCCCUCAGUACGACCACGCAGCACAAGAACAAAUCGACAUGGCCCCAGUUAAUCAAUCAAAUGUGGAUCACGGUUCCAAUCUGCGCUCUUGUGUCAUUCCCCGUGGUGUAUGCCUGGCUAAAUUGGUUGUCGCCCGUCGGUGACCUGCACUACGAGCAAUACGUGUUCUCGGCAAUGCUCAUGGCGAUUUCGUGCGUAUUCGAAUUGACUGCGGAGGCGCCCAUUUUCGUCGGCCAGGUGUUCUGUUUCGUCAAACUGAAGGUCGUGCUAGACACGUUACACAUCGUGACGCGUUCCAUCAUUUUCGUCUGCAUCAUUUUGUAUGACAAAAAUAUGGCGAUCAUGGCAUUCGGCUUGGCGCAAUUCACGAGUGCGGCGACAAUCGUUAUCGGGAACUACGCGUUCUUCCAUUAUUACAUCCGAAAAUUGAAGGAAUACCGCGAGAUGGUGAAGAAGAACGACAACGACAAGACGCUAGCUCUCGAGAAAUUCGGGCCGUACUACGAUCACAUGGAAGAUUUUCCCUUUACGGGAGUCACGCAGAUGAUUCCGUGCGUGUGGACGGACGACGAGCCGCGUUUCAAUAAGGAUUUGCAAGUGCUUGUCUUGAGUUUCGUCAAACAGGGUGUUUUGAAGCAAAUUCUUACGGAAGGCGAGAAAUACGUGAUGACUAUUUCGCCGGUGCUGUCGUUUGCCCAACAAGCCACUUAUGAUGUCGUGAAUAACAUGGGAAGUCUUGCUGCUAGAUUCAUAUUUCGCCCCAUCGAGGACAGUUGUUACUUUUAUUACACGCAAACUAUUGCGCGAGAUGUCGCGUUGAAAGAUCAACCAAGAAACAAAGUACUCGAAGCCGCCACUGUCCUCUCUCAGGUUUGUCGUGCCGUAACAUCGAUCGGCCUUCUAGGUCUCGUUUUCGGCCAAAGUUAUGCAGGAACACUCCUUUUGUUGUACGGAGGAGCUGAUUUCGUGUCCGGCGGUUUGCCUGAAACACUCUUGCGUUGGCAUUGCGUCGCUAUUGUCCUACUUGCCGUCAAUGGCGUGACCGAGGGAUACAUUUUCGCAACGAAAACUAGCAAGGAGAUCGAUGCAUAUAACUAUUAUAUGGCAAUUUUUUCGGUCACCUUCCUGCUGUUGUCGUACCAAUUGACAAAUAUGUUCGGACCCGUUGGUUUUAUUCUCGCCAACAUUUGCAACAUGGUAUUCCGCAUCAGUUACAGCACAAAUUACAUCACAAAGCAGUUCAAUACGGUGCAAAUGAAACCGCUGCAAGGCUUGUUGCCCGGAAAAAUGUUCGCCGCCGUCUUGCUUGUCGUUGGGCUGACGUGUAAAUUUUCCGAAAGUAACAUUUUGCCGCAUUCGAUCAUCUAUCACUUGCUGGUCGGUGUGCUGUGUGGAGCGGUUGCGAUGGUUUCGUGGUGCUAUGAGAACCGUGCCUUGGUACAAAUUGGAAUUGAUCGUGUGAAAAGUGGGAAGCCGGCGGAGAAGGUGCAGUGAAAGUAACAACUGCUUAAUUAAUGCCCCUUUUUGUUCUGUUUUGUAGUUUAAUAAUAAAAAAAAAGUUUAUUUUUUAGAAUGUGAUACCUUAGACAAAGAAGUAACAUGUUUAAACCGAUACAUAUGUAAAAUAAAGCAAACAUGAUUUUAAAAAAAAUA